UUAUGAUACAGAUUCCAGAUAAAGGCGAGUCGAAAGUCCAAACUAUACUCUUCUUCUUCGCCAACCAACCUCUCUCAGAUCUGAGAGAGAAAAAGCCAAAAGCACUCCCAUUUUCACCAAACCACACAGCGGACUACAAUUUUCUCGGGAUCCAGGCACCAAAGGGAAACGAACAGGAUGUGCUGUGGAGGUAAGAUGUGCAUGCUGUGCACAUGCCUGAUUCUGGUGGUGAUCUUGAUCGGCUUCUUGUUCGGUUUUGGAGUGUUCAAGGAUGGGUUUCACAAGCUCAAGGAUACGUUCCAUGACUGCCAAGUCGAUUCCAAUGCUACCCAUUGUUCUUUCUCCGCCAGGCCCUUCUUGGGGUUCGCUGCGCCUCCUCCUUUUUAGGGUUUCCCUCCUCCUCUGUUCCAGUACUGUUGAAUUUUAGGUUGGAUUUGUUUUGUUUUUUGAAUGCAAUGGUAAUAUUGGGUUUCUUGUUGGGAUUUGUGUUUGCUUUGUUUAUUCCCAUUUUUUUUCUGGUUGCCUUCGUGUGGCUGAUUGCUGAGAAAAGUGAAUAGAAAAGAAAAGAAAAUAACCUUUUUCUGAA